UUACCGUUUUUGUUUUGUGGAACAUCAGUGUAUCGCCAUCAAUGAAGUGACAGCAAUUGUAAGGUGUAAAAAAGUAUUUCUGCAAUUGGUUUAUUUUGUUAAAUAAAACCUUGCAAAAUUGCUUAAAAUAAUUUUAGUUUUUUCGCGCAUAAUCGGUAACAUUGAAUUCACAAACACAAGGUAGAAUACCAGUUUAAAAGCGUGUACACUGCUGAACAGUUUAAAGUUCCUCUUGCUUGGGUAUAGAAACAAAAGAAGGUACUUUCCCUGAUUUUGGACAACCGAAACAGAACAUGGCCAUGGUCAAUUUGAACGGACUGCAGUACCGUGACGGUGGUGGUGGUGGUGGCGGUGGUGUUGGUAACGGAGUAUCAGCUCCUGUCGCUUCAUCCUCAGGAUUCGGUUUAACAGCAAGCUCCUCCAUUUCGCAAUACCCCAUCCAGGGCAAUAAAGAUCAAUGGAUUAAACUGAACGUCGGUGGCACCUGUUUUCUGACUACGAAAACGACCCUAUCGCGAGAUCCGAACUCUUUCUUGUCCCGAUUGAUACAAGAAGACAGUGAUCUGAUUUCGGAUCGGGAUGAAACUGGUGCAUACCUGAUUGACCGUGAUCCACGUUACUUCGCACCGGUGCUAAAUUAUCUGCGCCAUGGAAAGCUUGUGUUGGACGAGGGACUCUCGGAGGAGGGUGUCUUGGAAGAAGCAGAGUUUUAUAACGUAACUCAUCUGAUUGGUCUGCUGAAGGAUAGUAUCUCUCGGAGGGAACAGAGACCUGCUGCUGACAAAAAACGAGUGUAUCGUGUGCUACAGUGCCAGGAAAAUGAACUUACUCAGAUGGUAUCAACCAUGUCCGAUGGUUGGCGCUUCGAGCAGCUUAUUAACAUUGGCACUUCCUAUAACUAUGGCACCGAAGAGAACGCGGAAUUUCUUUGCGUCGUGUCGAAGGAAUGCGCCAAUACGUUACUUGGUCGCGAGAAUGAAUCCAAUGAUCGCGCUAAGGUGCUACAGCAAAAAGGAUCACGUAUGUAAGGCUAGGGGAAAAGUGUGGAAAAGAAACAGGAUAAGGUAGGUUUUAGGUGGUUACCUGCGUUGAUCGUAUUUUGAACGCAGUGUCGAAUAGGGAGACUAACAAAAACUUACAGAAUAACUACUACUUACUAGUUUUACAUUAGCGUUGGCUAGCAAGGACAAGAACGUUGUGUUCUCUGUAAAAUAAUUUGCCGAAACUGUUAACCCAAUUGGAAACCGUUGUCAGUCAACCUUGCUGUGAAGCAUUUCGAUUAUUUUUCGUGAAAAUAUACAAUAAGGUAACAGCUGGUUCGGUUUUCGUAGCACAACUAGUGUUUUGUUCCCGAUUCAUGCUGCCUAUUUUAGACGUUAUUUUAGGUCUUAUUGAUAGUGGUUUAGAUGUUAAGUGACAAUUUUGGCACAUUACCGUAACACGAAUAGUUUUUGUCCCUUGCACUGUCGAUUCCCCAUAACGUGUGGAUUGGUUUCGGAACGUGGUAUGUAUACCGGUAUCAAGUAAAGUAGAUCGUUUACCCACCGAGCAAACACGAACUCAUCAACCAAAACAUCCUGCUCCUCGAACCGUGAAAUAGCAAGAUAUGAGCUUCGAUACAGCACUUGUGUUAUACCUCUUAACAAAUAAUACACAUAGGUAAACGCGAAGAAUGUUAUUCAUAACACACAUCUCUACGUGAAGCAGCAUCAGUUCGAAACGCCAACGAUGAUUAUCUGUGCUGCAAGACUAUCAGUCUUCAUGAUACGCGAAAAGACCAUAUACCAAUAUGAUAACUGUUAGUUGUUUAAAAUGUCAGCUCCUCAUUUUCCUUCUUUUCUUUUUAACGCUCCUAACCUGUGAAACUUUAACUGUUCAAGUAUAGAGCAGAUUGAACACUAUUUUUUGAUGAUAAACUUCAGUGUUGAGAAGCUGGUUAUGAUGCGAAAUUAUAAUUAAUUAUGCUAUUUGCAACCGACACUUAAGUUGCUGCGGGUUAUUUCAAUGUUUAGCAAUGGUCGUAAUUUCGUUCCCAAUAUCAACCAUAGGUAUUAGUACAAGUCGAUGCGGUUCCUUACGAAUAGGUGCACGUUACAUAACCGAUGAUAGUUGAAAAAUAAACAAAAAAACAAGUAAAUUAAUGAAUGGGCAGAGCUUUCUAGAAAUAAAAAAGAAAACGAGCAGCAUAAAGAUUAUUAUAAAGUGUUAGUAAUGGUACUCAAUGUUGUAAUCCAAGGCGAAUCGAUUUGUAAAAGAAAUAUAGUUUAAAUACACA